GUCUGUGUGCACUCCAGGUUGAGAUUUGGCUGUUGAGAUGAGCCAGCUGCAGUGAGAGGUGCAACUGGAUCUUCAGCGGGCUCUUUGUUGAGAUCAAUGGUAAAGAUCGAUUGUGUAAGAGGCACUUGUAAGAUUAGCUCCCUCUGGAGAGUAGCGGUACAUUGCUUCGACUGACUCGACUUGCUCUUGGGACCUGGCUUUUUGUGGUGACAGAGUCUCUUUCGCUCUGCUGUUCCUGGGGAGUCUCUAUCGCAAUCGACCAAAGGAUCCCAAGCCGCGUUUUCCAACUCCCAGCCUUCUUGUGUCAAGAGCCUCGCAAUGCAGAUGUAAUGGCACCUGGUCACCGAUCUCUCUAUCAGGUACAUGUAUUUUGGGUCAACAUGGUGGAUUCGGAAGCCAAUGAGAGUCGCUUCACAUUUACAUUGGAAAAAUGGGCCAUUGACUUGUUCGUUGGGUGGACACAGUGACACUCCUUGUGGAACUGAAGCUUCAAGCCAUAGCAUUUGUCGACAUUUGCCGUUGGUGUACUUGAAGGUGUUUGUGUCUGUUCUCGUGCCUUGCUUGAACCUGCCCCAUCGUCAGAUCGGACGCGUUUUUGGCCGCGGUUUGUGUUCUGAGUCGUUGUUGAUGUUUCUUCUUGCUUGCCUGCUGUGCGGCCUGGCUCUGCUGCGGCUGCUGCAGUCGGAGAUGCGUCCGAUGGCGCAAACUUGCCAAUGAGGAGAAGACUUGAGUACAACAGAAAGAUGAAACGCUUCAUUCUUGCUGUUAUC